AUGGUGGAAUCGAAGGCUACUUUAAUGGAUAAUCCACGCGCCGCGUUGGAGACUCAUAUCACUGCAUUACAGAGCGAGUCGAAAAUGACUCGAAAGCAGGCGCUGUUGAAAAUCAAUGAAGAGAUAUUUGAAAACCCUGCAAAUAAGGACUGCGACCUCACUGUCGUCUUCCCGGAAGUGUACGCAUACGUCCUGAAAAGUUUCUCGGAUGCUUCGGAAGCAUGUCGGGAAACUUCAGCACUGAUUAUUUCUAAUUUUAUUGAUAAACUUCCCCUGAACGAUUACUACUUGACGUAUAUUCUGCCUGUGAUCGUCCGUCGUAUAGGGUGUGCUGAAAUUAUCGAAGAGUCUGAGGAAAUUCGUUUGGUACUGAUUAAGUUAGUGCGGAAGAUUUUGGAAAAAUACAAAGUCUCUCAAUUACUCAGUCCAUUUAUCAACGACUUCACUGGCAUCCUAACGAAGACUGUAACUGAUCCAUUUCACUUGGUGAAGCUUGAGGCUUCUGAGUGUAUAAUCAUGGUGACAAGAGUCCUUCAGAGAGACUUCCACUUUCAAUCCGAGAGCUAUGUGAAGCCAAUAUUGUCCAACUUUGGCCAUCGUCACUUUAGAGUUCGUGUGGCAGCCAUCAAAGCUAUUGGAGCCGUAGUGAUAGCAGGCAACGCAAAAUGCUUUGAGCUGUCGAUCAGUCCUUUGGCUGAGAAGUUGUUUGAUGAGAGCACUGAGGUCCGUAUGCAGGUUACAUUGGAAAUCGGCCACUGGAUGCUCACAUAUAGAGACAGAUACUCUUUCUGGCAUCGCAUGCUACCUCUAAUUCUCACUAGUUUGAGCGAUGUGAUUGACGACAUAAGAACCACAGCAAGCAACUUGUGGAAUGACAUUGGCCGUCAGUACAUGGAGGAGAAUGAAGAAGAUUUUAAGAAAAAGACUGACUUUUUGAAGGAUGUGCCCACACACUACCCCGACGUGCAGAGACCUAACUUCGGAUGUAGAGCUCUGGUGACAAGUAAUAUUGGGAAGAUAGUACCAGCUAUCAAUCGAGAAAUGGACGGCUGGCAAGCAGAUGCGAGACUCCGAGUAUCACAGUUACUGUGCUGGUUGAUAUUGUGCGCGGAAGAGGGCGCCACUCAACACGCCAACGCGAUCGUGAAGGCCAUGCUGCGCGGUGCUAUGGAUGAAGAUCCGAGGGUCAUUUUGGAGAUAAAACGCGCCGCAGAGUUAUUUGGCUACUUCAUAAUUCCAACCACAUGGUGGCCACUGUUAGAAGCCGAGGUGGACUCCUGGGCCGCUCUGCUAGUCAUCGCCAAUAUCAUCAAGGGGUCGCGUCCGGAAUUACUCCAGGAGAAAGUGCUGGUGGAACUCACUAGGGAGGCUGCUGAUCCUGAUAGAUGCAGGACUAGGAAGCCAAAAUACCAAACGAAUCUGCUGCACAUGUGUGAGGCCCUGCUGGAUGUGUGUGGCGAGGCAUGCGCAGAAGUUGCCGAUGAACUGUUUACUAUUAACUUCACCGUGUUAGCAAUACCGUAUGACGAACGUAUACAAUUUAUGGCUAUUGCUAAUCUGGACAAGCUGCGCUACGCGGAGAAGUGCGGUAAGACCCUGAUCAGCUUGUACGACAGACACCUCGGUAAGAUGCUGGCUUCCAUCACCAGCGACGCGCUCACAUGGACGCAACUGUCGCCGGACAAGUGCUUGCUCGAAUGUGCUAUGUUAAAUGCAGGAUCUGCAAUGGGUUCCCAGCUGCACCUUAUAGCGCCGCUCCUGAAGGAGUGCCUGGCGACUCCCAAGGUGGACCCGGAGGUGAAGCUGAAGAUCUUCACCACUCUAUCCACGGUACUGUUGAGGAGAGAUACCAACUUCACAAGGUGUGACACUGACAAACUGGAGGCCUUCCUCAAGAUAGUUAUUGAAGAAGUGAUCAUGCCGAAUUUGGUGUGGAGCGCGGGCCGUACAGCAGAAGCGAUCCGUACUGCGGCCGUGGCCUGUCUGUGCUCCGCCUUGCAGGAGAACCCUUACAACGAAACACCAAUGACAGAGGAAAAGGGGGGCGACGGAGACAAGGAUGAGAAGGGUGUAAACUUAUUCCCAAGCAAGGAGUCCUUGGAACCGUUCUUGGAGAAGAUGGUACCUUUGCUGGUCGGUUUGGCUGACGACAACUCGACGCUGACGCGACAACACACGCUGCGCGCCGUGUGUUGCCUCGCCGUGCUCGCCAGCCGACGGCACUGCUUCACCGGAGAUGUCUUGCAUAAACUGUACUACGUGGUACUCAAACGCUUGGACGACAGCAGCGACAAGGUUCGUUCGUUUGCGGUACAAACAGUUGUGACGUUGUUCACGAACCGCCCGCAACCGUACGACGUGACCUUGUACGGGGCGCACGUCGACGCACUCUAUAGCGCUAUGCUCAUACACCUUGAUGAUGCUGACGAAGAUUUCAGGAAACAAAUGCUUGAGGCACUUAUGAAGCUAAGCGAUAUUGAUCCGAGGACUCUGAUGAAGAAGGUCAAGGCUAACAUACACCUAUACAGGAACAAAUCUGCCUAUGAAAAACUAUCUAGUCAUAUUGAAAAAAUAUUGGUUAAGAUGAAUCCUGGGUGUCUUCAAGGUCCGAGUGAAUAA